AUGGCGAUAAUAACAACAUCACCUACAUCCAGUGUAGCAAGAUAUUCUCACCCGUCGGCCGAACCUUCCCCUCUGGCUUUUCGGCCAAAACAACAAGAAGUCUCGCGAUUCGAGGGCAAGGUGCAGCGAGCAAAAAUUAUCCUGGGGUUCUCCACCAUUGGCAAGACACAUCUUGCUGCGAAAGCUAAUCACGAAUUCGAAUGGUUGCAUGUGAUAGACUUUUCACUCAUCCCUCAUGGACUGGAUUUCACAAAUGAUUAUAAAGCAGAUUAUCUGCAAACAAUUACCGAUGCUGCAGGACAGCCAGGUGUUUUGUUACUUGGAGGUCCGAGAUGGGUGGGAGAAUUCCUAGUUGCAAAUGACUUGGCGUUCAGUAGCGUUUAUCCAACCGACGAUUGUAGGGAGGAGUAUAGAAUGAGAUGGGACCAGAUGGGCGAGGAAGAGGGAUUGAUUGCCCACAGAUUGACAUGGUGGGAUGAUUCGAUCGCAGCUAUGCAGUGGCCUCAUGGGAGAUGA